AAACUGACGUCAUUGUGCUGCGACACCAAGUCAAUGUCGUUGGGGAAGCCAGGUUGUCCUGAGAAACUGAGUGGGAGUGGCGCGGAGCUGCAGGGAAUCCUAAACCUUUGAGCUGCGGCAAGCCGGGUCUGCUAGCUACUUUUAAAAAUGACCACACCAAACAAGACACCCCCUGGAGCGGACCCUAAGCAGUUGGAAAGGACUGGAACAGUACGGGAAAUUGGGUCACAAGCUGUCUGGUCACUCUCAUCAUGCAAACCAGGAUUUGGAGUGGAUCAGUUACGAGAUGACAAUCUAGAAACUUACUGGCAGUCAGAUGGCUCCCAGCCCCAUCUAGUGAACAUCCAAUUCAGAAGAAAAACAACGGUGAAGACCUUAUGUAUUUAUGCGGACUACAAAUCUGAUGAAAGCUAUACUCCAAGCAAGAUCUCAGUCAGAGUAGGAAAUAAUUUCCACAACCUCCAAGAAAUUCGGCAACUUGAACUGGUGGAACCAAGUGGCUGGAUUCACGUUCCCUUAACUGAUAAUCAUAAGAAGCCAACUCGUACAUUCAUGAUACAGAUUGCUGUUCUAGCCAAUCACCAAAAUGGAAGAGACACCCACAUGAGACAAAUUAAAAUAUAUACACCAGUGGAAGAGAGCUCCAUUGGUAAAUUUCCUAGAUGUACAACUAUUGAUUUCAUGAUGUAUCGUUCAAUAAGGUGACUGAAACCAACAAAAGUCAUUAAACAUACUUUUUCUCUUGUCAGUAAAUAUUAUAUCUGGUAUCUUUAUUGAAAAAGCAUCAGUUAUUUUAUAAUGUUUGAGUGCAUUGAAAGGUAUUUUAUUAUAGCUUUAAUAAAUAAAUUUUGGGUCACUAUCUUUAUUUUCUUUAACAUAUAAUAAACCUCAAUAUUUUACAUUAUUAAAAAUGGGUUUCCUUAUACCAAAAGAACCAGUUGAACAUUAAAAUUUUCCUUAUACCAAAAGAACCAGUUGAACUGAAAAUUUUAAGAUAUAUAUGUAUAUAAUUUUUUACUAACCAGGUGAUUAUUUCACAUAGUGAUCAUGCAUUAAAGUAAUGAUUUACUGCAUGCUUGGGAACAAACCUAUUUUAC